AUGGUUGUCCCAGAGUCACAGGAUAACAAACUGACCCAGAGUGGAUCUGCGGGCUGGAGAUCCAUCCCGUCUUUAUCUCAGCUCUCUGGAAGUCCACAACAUGUGAACUCGAAUGGAAAUAUACCAUCAGUCAACGCAGGACUCUAUCAUGAGCCGCGGGAGUACAGCGAGACGGACUCUCUGAUCCCCAAUGAGCUCUACAGCGGAUCGAGGCUCAGCGGAUCCACGAGAGAAAAGGAUGGAGGUCACUCAGGUGCACCUGCAGAAUCUCUCUGCUCCAUGGUGCUGCAGAUCUUGGUGCCAUUUCUGCUGGCUGGACUUGGGACAGUUUCUGCUGGAAUUCUGCUUGACCUGGUUCAGAACUGGGACGUGUUCCAGGAAAUCACAGAGAUCUUCAUUCUGGUUCCGGCUGUUUUAGGCAUGAAGGGGAACCUGGAGAUGACUCUGGCCUCACGGCUCUCGACUGCUGUGAAUGCAGGAAAAAUGGAAUCUACAAGAGAGAAGUGGAUGCUGAUUGUUGGGAAUCUGGCACUCAAGCAGCUACAAGCCACAGUGCUGGGCCUGCUGGCUUCCCUGAUGGCGACUGUGUUGGGCUGGAUGGCAGAAGGAAAGAUGCCCUUUAACCACAUAGUGCUGCUGUGUUCAACCAGUGUUUCUACUGCUUUUGUGGCUUCACUGUUACAAGGUGUCAUUAUGGUUGGAGUGAUCAUCGGCUCCAAGCGGAUGGGAAUCAACCCUGAUAAUGUGGCCACACCGAUGGCAGCCAGCUUUGGAGAUCUCAUCACUCUUGCCUUGCUGGCCUGCUUCAGUCAGUGGUUCUACUCCUUCCUAGAAUUUUAUCCCUACGUGUUGUACCUGGUGGAUCUGUGUUAUUUAUGCCUGAUCCCUGUCUGGGUGUCCGUCUCCUCCAAACAUCCAGCCACUAACAUCCUGCUCCGCUCAGGCUGGGAACCAAUCAUCACGGCCAUGGUCAUCAGCAGUAUUGGAGGACUAAUUCUGGACAAAACUGUUUCCGAUCCAAACUUGGCAGGGAUUAUAUUGUAUGCUCCAGUCAUAAAUGGUAUCGGAGGAAAUCUGGUCUCCAUACAGUCUAGUCGUAUUUCAACUAAUUUGCAUCUGAAUUAUUCUCCUGGAGAAGUUCCUGCAGAUCGUAGGAACUGUCACAACCCUUGUCACACUUUCUUUGGUUCAGGAGCAAACCAUCGAUCUGCCCAGGUUCUGCUCCUUUUGGUCAUCCCUGGUCAGCUGAUUUUCGUACACACUAUCCACGUGAUGAAAGGAGGCCACACUCUGCCCAGUCCCCUCUUCAUUAUUGUCUUUUUGUCUGCUUCCCUGAUUCAGGUCUUCUCCCUGCUCUGCAUAGCUGACUGUAUGGUCCACUGUUUGUGGCGGAAGGGUAAAGACCCGGACAGCUACUCCAUACCCUACCUCACGGCCCUCGGUGACCUUCUCGGCACCGCUCUCCUCUCUCUCGCCUUCCUCAUGCUGUGGUGCAUCGGUGACUCAGGCAGUGUAUAGGUUCAAAACAAGAAAAGGCCUGAGGAGGAACAAAUAUUGCUUAAUAAAUGCAAGGGAAAAGAACCCCAGUGUCAACAGCAAUCAAUCUCUUAUUCUUCACACAUCAUUGUCCAGCCUACGGCUUAUCUUUUGCAAACAUUGUUGGCUACUAGUAGCUACUUAACAUUUUGAAGGAGGCUUGUCUUAUUUAAAACCUUAGACAUUUAGUUUGGAGUGCUCCUGACUAUUGAAGUAAGAAUGAACACCAUGGUGAGAUCAAAAGAGUUGUCUGAGGCCAUCAGAGAGAAGAUUUUAACAGCUUAUGAGUCUGGUAAGGGAUUUAAAAAGAUCUCGAAAGAAUUUGAAAUUAGCCAUGCCACUGUCCAUAAAAUAGUCUACAAGUGGAAGACAACUGCCAGCACCCCCAGGUCUGGCCGUCCAAGCAAGUUCAACCUGAGAGCAGACCGCAAGGUGCUAAAAGAAGCCUCCAACAACCCUAAAAUGUCAUCGCAAGACCUACAGCAAGAUCUUGCUACUGCUGAUGUGAAAGUGCAUGUCUCUACAGUCAGAAAGAGACUGCAUAAGUUUAACUUUCAUGGGAGGUGUCCAAGGAGGAAACCGUUGCUCUCUGGAAUAAUGUUCUUCAGACAGAUGAGUCUAAAAUUGAAUUAUUUGGACACCACAACAGAGGACAUGUUUGGCGUAAACCAAAUACAGCACUCCAGGAAAGAAGCCUCAUACCAACUGCCAAGCAUGGAGGUGGAAGUGUCAUUGUUUGGGGAUGCUUUGUUGCAGCAGGACCUGGCCAGCUCACCAUCAUAGAAUCCACCAUGAAUUCUGCCGUGUAUCAGAGGGUCGAUACACUUAUAUUGAUAUAUAUAUUUUAUCUUCACUGAUGGCAUCAUCAAGCCAUUGUAGAUGGAAAUCAAUGUCUUGUAGAUAGGCAUGGAUGUCAUGGCCACCUCCAGGGAUAGGUGUGAAGGUGCUAAUGUUGCCUGACACCUUAUUUAGCACUCUGGUUGAUGCUCCUCUUUGCUGUGGGAGCUGUUUCAGGAGGUUUACUUCAUGCUCUGGGCUGUCCUUCAUUAAAUUACUUCUCCUGCAGUCUCUGAAGCUGGUGUUGGAGGGCAUGUCUGGUGGCAUGUUCCGCUGGUUGGUCUCUCUUCACAUAGCUGGUUUGGGCUGGAGGGUAAUGCCAGGUUGCACGGCGGUGGUGUCAAUGGGUAAUGAGUUGUUCCAGCCUCAAAUCUCAUUUCAACUGAUGGUUUCAGUUGUCUUUUAAUCAUGUCCAUCUCCUUCAUCUCUGUCCAACAUUUCAGUCUGACAUCAUGGAGAUGCCAGAUAAAUAUUAUGGGGCCAGUCCAUUCAAAGACUUAAAAACAAAUAAAAGAAUCUUAAAAUCAAUCCUGUACCUAACCAGAAGCCAGUGAAGUGAGGAAAGCACCGGCAUUAUGUGCUUGUGUUUCUUUGUCCCGGUUAGAAGAGGAGCUGCUGCAUUCUGAACAAGCUGCAGACGGCUGAGUUCCGACUGGCCAAUGCCACUUAACGUGCAGGUGUAUGUGAUUUAGUUAAGUGUGGUGAAUGAUAACCCAGUUCGUGGCCUUGCUAAUGUGUGUUUAACUAUCAGCGCUAUCGAACAGGGAUAAGUGUCUGCAGGUUGUGUACACUUAUGAAGUGUUCUCCCUCUAAUGAAAAGAUUCAGAUUAGGAAAGAAAUCACUGGGGAAGAGAGAAAAGACAAAAAGAUUAACAAGAAUAAAGCAAAACUGUUUUUAAAUGAAGUAAAAAAAAAUGUUAAUGCAAUUUGGUUGUAAUUGAAUUCUCUACCGUCACAAUUGACUUGCUGCUUUAUAGGCUAAGUGAGGAACAGACCAAGGAUUGGUUAAAGAUCACAGUGAAUUUAGUAUUGAGUAAUGUUGAUGUUUUGCCUCAUACUGCUAUUUAUUAUAUCGGUUGGGCUACAGUUGAUAUGACCAAAAAGUAGAUACAGUUCUAAUGAGAGGAGCAACUUGAGUUAUUCCAACUGUUUGUCUGUGUUUUGGGGUGAUCUGAAGGCGUUAUUACUGACACAUUCAGAUGCUUUCAGUGGAGGAUCUCUGGGUGAGGUGAGUUCCACAGGUUCAGUCCCACUUCAGCAGUUCUGAAGGGCUCAAAUUAAUAAAGGUGUCCUGUGUGCGCAAAGAGAAAACACUCAACAUGUGACAGCUACAUGUCCAGACUAACACAACUGAACCAAUCAACCACUAUGUCCAGGUAGUGGCAUCACCCAGCAGAAUUGAGUGCCACUUCAUGGUUUCUUUGAACUCACCCUCAAGCAAGAGACUGUAGUAUCUGAUCUGAGACAUGUAUUAGUUGAUAAGUUAGAAUGGAACCUGUUUUGUCUGUUCUAGUAGCUGACCAGCAAUUUGUGGGAAAACUUACAUUUCCUUUUUCCCUACGUAAACCAGUAAUCUCUGACAGGAAAUAUAUGCUUUUCUGUUUUGGUUCUGGGAAUGUUUAUGUUGAAGAGGCUUCUGUGCCUGGGAAAUCUGCAAAGUGAAGUGGGGCCUGUUAUUGAAGGAAGCCAUACGUUAUGUUGUGUUCCCAUACACGAACCUAUAUAAGUGAGUGCAUACUAUUAUUCUGUGGGCUUUUCAUAUUGGCUGGGAAACUCUCCACAGGCAGACCAUGGUGCCUGUUCAGAUGCUAUCUUUUUAUAUAAUAAAAUUAUAUUAUAAAA